AUGCCAUUAGCACCACAAUGUGAUAUUCCAUGGGAUAACAACAAUCUGCUUUGUAAUACAAACAAAACUGAUGAUCAUUAUUCAUCAGAGAACGAUUCAGAUGUGUCAUUGUCAACAGCAAUCGAUACUGCAACUGUUAGCAACGCUACAACAAAAGCAAAAGCUAUGACAUCCGAAAUUGAAAUUACUGAAAUUGCAAAAGAGGGUGAAAAAGCAGAUCCAUCACAAUUCGAAUUAUUAUCUAUGAUUGGACAAGGUUCAUUUGGUAAAGUAUUACUUGUAAAAAAAAUACAUGGACGUGAUACUGGACAAUUAUUUGCUAUGAAAAUUUUAAAAAAAGCUACUCUAAAAGUUCGUGAUCGAUAUCGUACAAAAAUGGAACGAGAUAUUUUAGCUCGAUUUUGUCAUCCAUUUAUUGUUCGACUUCAUUAUGCAUUUCAAACCGAAGGAAAAUUAUAUCUAAUUCUUGACUUUCUACCUGGCGGAGAUCUUUUCAAUCGUCUUUCCAAAGAAAUUAUGUUUACCGAAGAUGAUGUCAAAUUUUAUCUAGCAGAGAUUGCAUUAGCUCUUGGACAUUUGCAUUCGUUAGGUAUCGCAUACAGAGAUUUAAAACCGGAAAAUGUUUUAUUAGACGCCGAUGGACAUAUUAAUUUGACGGAUUUUGGUUUAUCAAAAGAAUCGGUUGAAAAAAAUGGAAAAACGUAUAGUUUUUGUGGUACCGUAGAAUAUAUGGCACCAGAGGUGGUCAAUCGACGUGGACAUACGGUUGCUGCCGAUUGGUGGAGUUUUGGUGUUCUUAUGUAUGAAAUGUUAACUGGUGAUCUACCAUUUCAUGGUAGCAAUCGUCGCGAAACAAUGUCAAUGAUUUUAAGAGCAAAAUUAACAAUGCCACAAUCAUUAUCAGUUGAAGCGCAACAAUUACUACGAGCGCUUUUUAAGCGCAAUCCGACAAAUCGUUUAGGUUGUUCAAAUGAUGAUGUAAAAUCAAUUAAAUUACAUCCAUUUUUUGGUACAAUUAAUUGGGAAAAAUUAUAUCGACGAGAAGUUCAACCACCAUUUAAACCAUUGUGUACUCCAAGUAAUCAUACACGUUGUUUUGAUUCAGAAUUCACAAAGAAAACACCGCAUGAUUCACCUGCUUUACCAGCAUCUGCAACAGCUCAUGAAUUAUUUCGUGGUUUUAGUUAUGUUGCUCCAUCUAUUCUCACUAAUGAUAAGCCUAGUUUAUCAAUCAAUGUUAUCAGUUCACAUCUUCAGGAAGCCGAGAAAGCAUACAUUUUCGAUGAAUACAACUUUAAUGAAGAUCUUGGAAUUGGCUCAUUUUCGAUUUGUAAGAGAUGUGUGCAUAAGAAAUCAGGUGCUGAAUUUGCUGUAAAGGCGAGAUGCAGCAGAAGAAGUGGACAUAUUAAAACGUUACUCACAUCAUCCAAAUAUUGUCAAAUUGUUUGCUGUUUACGAGGAUAG